AAGAAAACUCGGAAAGAAUAACGCUGACGGAAAAAAACGCAAAAUGCCGCGAGGUGCUAGAAAGAAGAAGCCAGUUAGAAGUCCAAGGACACUGUCAGAAGAUGAAACCCCAGCAGAAGUGGAUGACACACAGCAAACAACUCAGGACACAUCUGAUGAGAUGAAAGAUGGUACAUCAGCAGAGCAGCAAGAUGAAUCAGCUGCUGGUGAGCUUGGAAUGGAACACAACAUUCCAGAAGAUAACCCGGAGAGUGUGGAUGGUGAUGGAGGAGGUGACAUGGUAACAACAGAAAAAAGUACAUCAGGAGAGGCAAAUGGGGAUGCCACAGCUUCAACUGAUGACACUAUAUCAGCUGAUGCCAUAGCUCCAACCGAUGCCAUUGUUUCAGCUGAUACCACAGCUCCAACCAAUGCCACUGUUUCAGCUGAUACCACAGCUCCAGCUGAUGCCAUUGUUUCAGCUGGUACCACAGCUCCAACUGAUGCCAUUGUUUCAUCUGGUACCACAGCUCCAACUGAUGCUGAAAUGUUGGAUGAUGCCACAUCAUCCAACCAAGUAACAGGUGACUCUGGUGUUCAGGAGGAGCAAGGGGAGACAAGCAGUGCUGCCAAACGAAAAGCUGAAAGUAAUCAGCAAGUCCGCGUGAAGAAACCAAAAGUAGAAAAACCUGUCCAGUUCCACAUAUAUGUAGCCAGUGCUCCGGAGGAUAGGCUGAAGGAUCCGUUGGACAGUCUGUUUAAAGCCAAUGAUGUAGAGGUGUCAGACGUGGCUGUCUGUGAGGAAAGGACCUGGGUAUACUAUGGACUGGCAUCAUUAGCCCACAGAGACGACAAGGAGAAGGUGUUACAACUGAACGGUCAGACCGUGGACAACAGACUUAUCAUGGUGGAGGUUAUUCCUGAGCCAGAGUUUGACAAGUUAGAAGGACCUGAUGAGUGUAUACUGGUGGUAAGGAAUAUUGGGAAAACCACUGCAGAUGAGAGUUUGAUGGAGUUUUUCCCUGGCGUAAUAGACAUGCGAGUUCCAGAGAGUAAUGGAAAGAAUCGUGGUUUUGCGUUCCUUCAGUUUUCAUCCAAAGAGGAAGUGGACAAUAUGAUAGAAACAAAACAUGAAAAGGAACUCGAUGGGCGUAAGUUACGUCUGAGUAAAUUCAUGCCACGUGAAGAAGCCGAGCCUGCCACAUCUCACCCAACGGUCCCGGAGAUACUGGUCAAUGCCAUUACCAAGCUGCAGGCUGGGGUAGAAGCAGAGGUCGAGGAAGCUGAAGAGCUUGAGGAUAUCAGUGACCUGCCAAAAACCAAGGUGUUAUCUAUUGGCAACCUGAACCCAGAGACUACUGAUGUAACACUUCUUGCCAAGUUCCCAAAGUGCUAUGAUGCCAAGGUCCUCAAAGGCAAGAGAACAAAACAGCCAACAGGGUUUGGUUACCUGGAGUUCAGAUCUGUGAAAGACGCUACAAGAGCCCUGAAAAAGAUGAAGAAUAAGAUGAUUGACGGCAACCUGAUAACAUUAGACUAUGCUGAUGAGAUAGAAGCAGGCUUCCACAAAAAGAAAGCUCAAAGACUAGCUAAGAAACAGGAGGGCUACUACUCUAGCCUGGAUUACUCUGGCCGGGAAUGGACGGACUGGGCAGCCAUGGAGGAGUACGGCAGUGCUCGGGAACGCCUUGCUAGGGAACGCUUCAUGAGAGAGCAGGACAUACGCUUUGGCCCAGGUCCAGAAAUGAGAAAUCCCAUGGAUUACCCCAUGGGCGGCAUGGGGGGAGGCUACUGGGGGGGUGAUGGGGAUUAUGGAGGGGAUGUACGCUGGUAUGGAGAUGGCGGUGGUUAUGGUGGAGGCUAUGGUGGAGACGGGGGCUACACUGGUGGAUAUGGCGGGGGAUAUAAUGAUGAUAUUGGUUAUAACGAGGGUGGUAGAUUCAAUAGAGGCAGGAGGGGAGGGGGUUACAACAGGGGAAGCGGUGGUAGAGGUGGGGGUUACAACAGGGGUGGCAACUUUAAUAGGGGAGGAAGUGGGAAGUUCAACAGGGAUGGAGGGGGUGUACCUGACAGGAGUGGAGGCUUUAAUAGAGGUGGAGGCUACAGUAGGGGUGGUGGUGGUAGAGGAGGGGGGCUCUCGAGAGGAAGAGAGGGCGGUGCUGGCUACAGUAUGGAUGGCAGUUAUGGAAGUGAUGGCAGUCAGGGAAAGGGCUGGAAAACUGGAGGUGGAGGUGCAGUUGUUGGAGGUGGAGGUUCAGGCAUUGAAGGUGGCGUUGGUGCAGGUGUUGGAGGUGCAGGUGCAGGAGGUACAGGUGUAGGUGAGGCAGGUAUGGGAAGUGCAGGUGGUGGGACAGUUGGAGGUCAGAAGAAAGGUUGGGUUGAUGGGAAUGGAGAAGCUGAGAGUAAAACUGGAGAGGUUGGUAACAGUGGGAGUUGGGGUGGUGGGGGGACAGGCUCAGUUGAGGGAGCAGGUUGGGGGGGUGGGUCUGUCUGGGGAGGCAGUGCUGUGUAUGCCACAGGGAUGGGGUCCAUGGCCGCUAAAGGGGCUUACACUGGAGCAGGAUAUUCUGGUGCAGGAUACUCUGGAGAAGGAUACUCUGGAACAGGAUAUUCUGGGAGUGGAUCUCAAAUGGACUAUAGUAACACAGGGUAUGGAGAGGGCACACAGCAGGCUUACGACCAGUUCUAUAAUGCAUACUAUCAGCAGAGUGGAACAAGUACAGAUACUACAACCAGCACAGGGCAGACAACAUGGUCAGGCUAUGUAGGCCAGUGA